AUACGCUUGUACACGGGUAGCGCGUCAAGACUACAUUUCCCAGGAAACCGCGCGACGCUGGGCGGAGCUCUGUAUAUUUUAUAACGUGCUGAUUGGCUAAGCUUGGGAGGCGCGUCUUAAAGGAGCCGCAGCUGUUAGGGAUUGAUGUGAAUCAUGCCACAAACUAAAAGGAAGCGCGUGACGUCACCGGCUGCAGCUGCUAAAGACAAGAAUGACCAGCGAAAUAAUCCAGGGGACGGCCGAGUGGUGAAGAAGGUCGGGAGGGUUCGGAAGAAAGUGACUGUGAGCGCCAGCCCUAGUGAGAAUCCGAAGGAAGAAUAUCACUACUGGCUGAUGAAGUCUGAGCCUGAGAGCCGCAUGGAGAAGGGUAUGGACAUGAAGUUUGGAAUAGAAGACCUGAAAGCGCAACCUAAGCAGACGGAAUGCUGGGACGGCGUCCGGAAUUACCAGGCGAGAAACUUCAUGAGAGCAAUGAAGAUCGGGCAGGAGGCUUUCUUCUAUCACAGCAACUGUAAGGAGCCCGGCAUCGCUGGGAUCGUCAAGAUUGUGAAGGAAGCGUACCCCGACCAUACACAGUUUGACCCAAAGAAUCCACAUUAUGAUUCCUCCAGUAAUAAGGACAACCCAAAAUGGUCCAUGGUGGACGUGCAGUUUGUCCGGAUGCUGAAGCGUUACAUUACUCUGGCAGAACUGAAGAAGCUGCACCAAAAGCACAAGAGCACAGACGGACCCCUCCGAAAUAUGGCACUCUUCACUCGGGCGCGGCUAUCAGUGCAGCCGCUCACACAAGAGGAAUAUGACUGUAUACUCAGCCUGGAGGAGGAGAACACCGAGCAAGAUGACACGGACGACGACUAAGUCACUUACCUGCUUGUUUUUGACCCGCUUGAUUUGUUUGCUUUUAUGUAAUUUUUUUUUUUUUUUUUU